GCACCCACCUUAUUCCCCCAACACAGCACAGUCCCAAGGCCCGCAGGCUGCAUCUGAUUGGCUGCGUCUCCUCUGACGCCAUAAGUGCGCGCCAUUGUGUGACCUACCCAAGCAGGUUGGCCUGGGCAACGCUGUGUGAAUCUUCUUUCUGGGCUCCGCCGUUCUUUGCUUCCCGGCUCUGCUCCUGGUCGCGGCCUCCCGUGGUCAGCCUUUCCGUUCCCUCUUACAGAGACCUCAGGACCGGGACUCCUCAGAAGCUGGAAAAUGUGACGGUGGCUCAGCUCUGGAGCCCCGAAUCCGCCAACAUUGUUGAUGAGGACAGGAAGGAACUUAGAAUUCAGACUUCAGAUCUGGCUGUCACGGCUAAUUCCAAAGUGGUAACUCGACUAAAAUCCAGAUCUCCCACAUUGGUGGCAAGGACCCAUCAAUUUGAGUCAUCACCUGUUGCUGCCCAAGGGUGUACACCAGCUGGAAACCAGAAUCAGAACUCAAAAUGCUGGAUGAUGACAAUACCCAGAGCUGGUCCAGGCCAGAAGAUGGCAAAUCAAUCCAAGCCACCUCUGUGGGUGACAGAGAAUCAACUAUUUGAGCCAUCACCUGCUGCCUCCCAGAGUUUGCACCAGCAGGAAACUGCAAUCAGGAGUGGAGUUGGGACUCCAAUCCAGGCCCUCCAAUAAGGGAUGCAGCUGUAUCAAGUGGCAUCUUAAUUGCUAUGACAAAGGCCUGCCCUGUAUGUAUUUUAUUAAUUCCAAAACACAUUGUUACUAUUGUUACAUUAAAUGGAUAAAUGUGUAUUGAAAGAAUUUUAAAAAUAAGAGAAACACAUUUUAUAUUUACCUAUGGAUUUACCAUUUCUGGGCGCUUUAUUUUUUUUUUUUUUUUUUUUUUGUGGAUCUGGA